AUGAUUCCGGCGGCUCAAAUUGUGGCCGCAUUUCAGCAACAAUUCAACGUAAAAACACCCACUACAGAUCUUUCCAUUCAUCAAUCACUCGACUUGCUGGCGUCAUCAUCGUCGUCUCAAAACAAUGAUAUCAGUGGUAUUACUACAGGUACUGCCGAACAGCCAUCCCCACUCGAUGGCUUGCUCCAAAUGGCAGAAUUACCACCGGCCACCCAUCCGACUGGUACACGAGGACCCAUCAUAUUGCAACUAGGCGGGAGAGACCCACAACAACUCGCCUUGGCCAGUGCCAUUGGAUCCUUUUAUGGAUACAACGGCAUCAACCUCAAUUGUGGAUGUCCUUCCAAUGCCGUCUCGGGAGGAGAGCGAUCGGGAGGGGCCGCCUUGAUGCGAGAGCCAUCGGUCGUGGCUCGCUGCCUCGAGCAAAUGUCACAUGCUCUGGAUCAAGCUGGCCCCCAUAAGAUGACGACGACUCUCUCGGUCAAGCAUCGACUGGGCGUGCACAACGCAGCAACCUACAAUGCACAAGACGAUCGAGCACGGCCGGAUGGGGACUACCACGCAUUUCAACAAUGUCGGGACUUUGUGCGGACCAUUAGUUUGGGAGGUGACAUUUCCAAGAUUCAAGUCCACGCCAGGCUGGGCCUUUUGGGAGACUUUGAUGCAUCCAAUGAUGAUGACAAUAAAGUCGCCGAGGAUGGCACAAAUCUGUGGGUUCCAGGGACGAGCACUGCUACGGAUUCAACAAAACAAAAAAUCAAAGUAGAUCACAAACGCGUCCAGUACCGUGCCAAAAAACAAGCUCGAUAUGCCACCAUUCGGAACCGAAGUGUGCCGCCACUGAGGCCCAAAGUUGUGGACAUGAUGGCUGCCGAGUUUCCUCAGUUGCAAGUCAUCACCAAUGGAGGGAUUGGCUCCCUGCAGGAUAUUCAAAGCCGAGUCCCUCGUCCGGGGAGUAAGAUUGCCGGGGCCAUGGUGGGACGAGCUGCCAUCAACCAUCCGUGCGCCUUUGGCAAUGUCGACGCAGCGUUGUGGGGGCAUGAUGAUGAAUCCAGUCGUACCAUCACACGCGAAUCCGUCCUUCUAGAUUACAUUCAAUACUGUCAGAAAGAGGAGGCUGCCUUCUUUGCCAUGGACAAGGGCAACCGUUCUCUUGCAAGUGUCGAGGGUUCCUUGGUGGCUCUUCGACGACGACUUGUGGCGGUGCCGUUUCACUUGUUUGCUGGUGAAGUGGGAAAUGAAGAAUAUCAACGACGCAUUCGGAAAUUGGUGGCUCGGGCUCAGAGACAUUCCAGUGGAGGGAUCCUCACAGCGGCACUUUCCGUAGUGCCCACUGAAACAGCCUUGAAAUCAGUCACAGAGUAUGCGACGCAACCAAAGGAUAUUCCCACGUUUCAAGCCUCACGGCAGCGAUCUGGCCCUCUACAGCGGACCAUCUUCUAA